GUCAGGAGCAGUAACAACAACACAAGCGUGUCCCGUGAUUCCUGCAUAUUUCCACAACGUUGCAACCAUGCAUGACCCAUUCGAAGUGAGAAUGCAGUUCCUCGGGCUCAUUCGCAAGCUGAACGCAUCACAACAAUCGAUACAGAAAGUCGUUGCAUUUGCAUUGAAGUACUUUUCGAGAUGUGGGGAGGAUUUGUGGGAGUGCAUUAUUGAAGAGUGUCAGAAGGGUUCCAUCAAUCACCGCAUAAAUAUUCUUUACUUUCUUGACUCCCUUUGCGAAACAUCGCUACUAGCGAAGGCGCAUCAACUCCCAGAACAGUCGUCUUCAUCAAGUAAGCAAGUCAACAACGCGUUGUAUGUCGACUACGUCUCGCGGGAUCUGACGCAGAUUGUGGAAUGCGUUGUACCUGUGGGUAGGCAAGGGCUACCUAAUCUACCGAGUACAAAACAGAUCUUAGAAAACUGGCGCACAAAACGUAUAAUAGAGCCACAAAAAGUUGACGAAGUCCUCUCGUUGCUCUCUUCUAGAGACUCAGCACCAGAUACGACCUCGACAUCUGUGGCACCUUCAGCAGCAAAAUCAGAGCCCCAUCUCUCUCGCGGCGAAAUAUUCAAGCGCAUCGAAGAGGACCGAGAGCGACAUAAACGCCUUCGAGAACGACGGUGGGUUCAGGCGCAGCCUCACUCGGGCUCUGCAGUCCCGUCUUAUUCGAUGUUCACGCUUGCGAGUUUCUUGCCGCUGAGCGACACAGAAAACGCCGAGCUUGCGCUGGAUAUAGAAUUUGAAAAUGAGUGGGAGGCAACGAGUGAUUGGAAUGAGGACGACGUGGAAGCGACCGCAGAGGAGAGGGAGCUUUGUCAUCCACAUCUGAAACGGAAGGGAUUUACGAAUGACGAAGACGAAGGAGAGCAAGAGAUGGAUAUAGAUCUGUCGUGAUAUAGUACUGUGCUACUCAGUGCAGAACGUGAGCGAUGUUUCUAGAUUCUGACACUGGAUUCUGAAACAUCACUCCCGUUGUGUCGUUAUGUGUCGUGUAUAAUUGGAACGAUAAGUGUCAAUGCGUUUCGAAGAUGCUGGAUGAAGAAACGGCACGCCAUCAGGGAAACAGAGUGCUACAGAGCGUUCUGUAGCAUUCUGAAGCACAAUCUAACCCGCUGAUGGUGGGCGCUACUCAAGCGUCAGUCUCCUGUCUUGAAGAAUUUAGCCGAUUAUCCUUCUUCGCUCUCUUCAACUAGUCGGGGCCUGUGCAGCGGUGGCCCAGGACCUAGGUUGUGAAUUUAUCUAGAUCAUGAUAAUGAUCCAAGCUUGAGGCAAGCUCACAGGCCAUUAUCCAUUAAUCCACCG